AUGUUGCAAUGGACGGACGAAUGCGAAAAAGCACUCAAUCACCUCAAAAACUCACUCUCUUUGUCUAAACCAGACGAGGGUGAAACAUUGUACCUCUAUCUCUCUGUCUCUUCUGAAGCGUUCAGCGCCAUCCGUAUCAGAGAGACACAAGAGGGGCAUAAACCUACAUAUUUCACAAUCAAAGCCUUAUUAGAACCCGAAACGAGGUACCAAAAAAUUGAAAAGAUAGCUCUUGCCCUAGUAAUUACUACUCGAAGGUUGAGGCAAUACUUCUUGGCACAUACCAUCGUCGUCAAAACCGAUCAACCCAUAAGACAAAUUUUGGGUCGUCCCGACGUUUUCGGAAGAAUGAUGAAAUGGUCGCUCGAAUUAUCAGAAUUCGACAUACACUAUGAAUCACGAAAGGCACUAAAGGCACGGGCGUUCGCUUACUUCGUAGCCGAUACGACUUUCCCGAUCGAGGAAAAAGAGAAAGGAAUAUGGACCAUCUUCGUCGAUGGGUCAUCCAAUUCCAAAGGAAGUGGUGCGGGCAUCAUCAUCGAAAAUGACGAGGGAAUUGUUAUCGGACUGUCCCUAGGACUAUCCUUUGCAAUGGAGGCAGAAAUCAUAAAAUCUUAUAAAAAUUUGAGAUCAAUUCAUUCCAUUUUUCCCUUUUUGGAGGAUAAAUUUACAUAUUUCAAUUAUGUGUCAGAUAUACGAAUACCAUAUCCUAUCCAUCUGGAAAUUUUAGUUCAAAUCCUUCGAUACUGGGUGAAAGAUGCCCCUUUUUUUCAUUUAUUACGAUUGUUUCUUUAUAAUUUUAGUAAUUGGAAUAGUUUUAUUACUACCAAAAACUCGAUUUCUACUUUUUCAAAAAGUAAUCCGAGAUUAUUCUUGUUCCUCUAUAAUUUUUAUGUAUGUGAAUAUGAAUCUAUCUUCCUUUUUCUACGUAAUAAAUCCUCUCAUUUACGAUUAAAAUCUUUUAACGUUUUUUUUGAACGAAUUUUUUGUUAUGCAAAAAGAGAACAUCUUGUAGAAGUUUUUGCUAAGGAUUUUUCGUAUACUUUAACAUUCUUCAAGGAUCCUCUCAUUCAUUAUGUUAGAUAUCAAGGAAAAUACAUUCUGGCUUCAAAGAAUUCGCCUUUUUUGAUGAAUAAAUGGAAACAUUAUUUUAUUCAUUUAUGGCAAGGUUUUUUUUAUGUUUGGUCUCAACCAAGAACGAUGAAUAUAAACCAAUUAUCCGAACAUUCAUUUCAGCUUUUAGGCUAUUUUUUAAAUGUGCGGGUAAAUCGUUCAGUGGUACGGAGUCAAAUGCUGCAAAAUACAUUUUUAAUCGAAAUUUUUAACAAAAAACUCGAUAUAAUAGUUCCAAUUAUUCCUCUGAUUAGAUCGUUGGCUAAAGCGAAAUUUUGUAAUGUAUUAGGGCAUCCUAUUAGUAAGCCGGUCUGGGCCGAUUCAUCCGAUUUUGAUAUUAUUGACCGAUUUUUGCGAAUAUGCAGAAAUCUUUCUCAUUAUUACAAUGGAUCCUCAAAAAAAAAAAGUUUGUAUCGAAUAAAAUAUAUACUUCGGCUUUCUUGUAUUAAAACUUUGGCUUGUAAACACAAAAGUACUGUACGCGCUUUUUUGAAAAGAUCAGGUUCAGAAGAAUUAUUGGAAGAAUUCUUUACAGAGGAAGAAGAGAUUCUUUCUUUGAUUUUUCCAAGAGAUUCUUCUACUUUGCACAGGUUAAAUAGAAAUCGGAUUUGGUAUUUGGAUAUUCUUUUCAGCAACGAUCUGGUCAAUGAUGAAUGAUUGGUUAUGUUAUGAUACUUAAAUAUUCUCGAUAUCGAAUUUCUAUUUUAUAUAUAUAAAAGAUUAUGAAAUGUUCAUGUAGUUAAGAGUUGAGUUUCAAGAUUCCUCUUCUGGAGAAGUAACUCAGGUUUAGAUGUAUACAUAGGGAAAGCCGUGUGCAAUGAAAAAUGCAUGCACGGCUUGGGGAGGGAUUUUUUAUUCUUUUAUUUGAUUAAAGAAUGCAAUUUCUACUCCAUC